AUGAAACUAUCACGAACCGCCAGUGACAGCAGCAGCAGCAGCAAACGUGCUCAUGUGGACGAAGUUCCAUUCCCUGAUUUCUUCCAGCAAAUCUUGGUUGAUCUAGACAACCAGAUCGAGAUGGAAAGGGCUCAAGCGCAGCUCGAAUAUGCGCCUAAUUCAGAAUUCGGUUCAACCACCCAAAACGUUCAAGGAGGCGACGGUAGCGUUCAAACGGCGCCCGCCACACAGGACACUCAGUCUUUAGAGGAGGAGGAGACCAACCUGCCUGACCCGUUUGAGGAGGAGAUCAACCUACCUGAGUGGUUUGAGGAUCUACUUGAUUUUGGCAAUGAGUUGCUCAAACCAUGGAGUCAGAGCGGAGAAGGUAUAUCACACGGCGUAGGCCGUGUUCCUAGAGCGGUGGUUGCGGGGGCGGGACUCGGGCGCACCGAACCGCAAAGACACGCCGCGCCUUGCGUAGCCCCUAUAAGGGCUUCGCGGGAGGCGGAUGCAGAACACGCACCAGCUCCUCCUCCAGCGCUGUCGCAACCGUUUGGCUGCGCAGCCCGUCCGCCAUCGCCACAGCCUGGCCCUUCAAACCGGCUGUCACCCCCUCCUCCUCUAGAAGCAGCAGCUCACCGCCGCCGCCCACGCAAGCGGCCGCGAGGCCGGCAACUGGUGCAACCCCCUACCAAGCGUCAGCGGCUGCGCGUGUCUGUCGAUUUCGACGGAGACCGCGAGAUCGGCAUCCGCGCCUAA